CUAGCUGUACCUGCUUCCUUGGGGGGGCUGUAUGGUAGACAUGUCAAAUCUGGCAAAUUGGGGGUGAAAUGUUGCCUGGAGGGCUGGAAGAUGUUCCCAAAAGGACCUCCAGAAGUUUCUUUCCUGCUGGCUGGGGAAUUCUGGGAGUUGAAGUCCACACAUCUUCAAAUUGCCAAAACUGGGAAGCAUUAUUCCAAAUCAUACUAUUGAAGGACCGCUGAAUUAAGGGGGGGAAAUCCCAUUCCUCUUAGCAGGGCUUCCCUCCUCAGGAAUCCAUUUCAAAAUCCCCAAAGCAACUUGACGGGGUUUAUUUCUUGGGCUUCUCUCUUUCAUUUGCUCGCUUUACGACAUUACAGAUGUUUCUCCCAUCCUCCUCUUUAUGUUGCUCCAGAUCUGGAAAAGCGUGAAAGUUCUUCACCUCAAAACCAGCAAAUCCAUUGCACUUCCUGUCUUCCACUCUGCUCUCCAGGGUCAGGUUGGUGCUCAGAAAAAGAAAAGCGUUGAAAACCAACAGACACUGCAAAGAAAGAAAAAGAAAAGUAAGGCUAAACCGAAGACCACGGAUCAGACGGGCACAAAAAGCGACACGAGUGGAGCUCCCGAAGCCGACGUGCCUAAAACAGACGAGGUGGAACCCCCUGCCCAGAAAUCAAAAGAAGAGGAGGAAGAGAUCCCACAACUGGUUCCUAUUGAAACUCAGCCCUCUGAGAAAAAAGAACAGGUGGCCAAGCUGAGGUUGGGUGCAAAAACACAGCUGGAGACCAGCUCUCCAAAACUCCGUAGCAAAAGGAAGGCCGGUCUGUCGCCAGAGAUUCCUGUUUCGCAGCCAGAAACACCCGGAGAGGCUUCGGCCUUAGAGAAAUCAAACCAACGGAGGUCUGGUCGAAAACCCAAGGUGCCCAAGCAAGAGUUUCUGGAAAAGACACAGAACAGAGAUGCCCAGCAGCCCUUGGCAAAACCAACUGUGGCCCCAAAAAGGCUAAAAACUCCUAAAUCAGACAAGAAGCCUAAAACUCCCAAACGGGAGCUGAGAAAAAUGAAAGUUCCACUGUCCCUAUGAGCAGAGGAGGAAGAAAAUGGGCUCUUUUUAUAUCAAGAUCAAAGGAAGGUUGGCGGAGAAGACGUUUAUUCAACGCUGAUUCACUUGUAAAAACAUCCUGUAUUUUGUUUUUUCAUUGUAAGAAUAAAACAACGUCCUAUUUUA